AGAGAGAGAGAGAGAGAGAGAGAAUGAAAGAGCAGCCCUCAUCAGUACCACUGCGAUGACACUUCUGUAGCCUGUGAUCACGGCUACAGACCAACUUCUGUCAACUCGAAUUUUCAUAAUUAACGGUUUUUGGACCGUUGCUCGACUGUGAGGACAACCAACACUUACUCUUAACAACUAACUAACCAGCUACAGUCCUGUGAACAUUUCGUGGGUGCGUUUGUUUCCCUUAUGUCCCGAAAAUCGAGCGACAAUGACUAUAGUCUUCGUAGUAUGAGCAACCUGAUGGGUGAGAGGAGGAAGAAAGUGAACGAUGACGGAGAGCGGAGCCUCAUCAAAGCUCCGUCCAACGCGAGCAUCAACAGCCAGGCUGUCGCUGUCCCUGCCAAUGAAGCUGCCUCCACCGGGGACCUGGAGAGAGAGGCGCGUAAACAGUUCCAGCAAGAUGUCACACCUGCGUUUGUUUAUGUUCUGGCUGCGUUCUCCGCGCUGGGUGGCUUUCUGUUCGGCUAUGACACCGGGGUGAUCUCGGGAGCGAUGCUCCUGCUCAAGAGGGAGAUGAAUCUCAGCGCCCUAUGGCAGGAGGUUCUGAUCUCUAGUACAGUGGCUGCCGCCGCGCUGUCCGCGUUGGCCGGCGGGUUUUUGAAUGGAGUUUUCGGGCGCAGGGUCUGCAUCCUCCUGGCUAGUUUUAUCUUCACAGCUGGGGGAAUAGUGCUUAGCGCAGCUCCCAAUAAGGAGGUUCUCCUGGUCGGACGUCUCAUUGUCGGGCUUGGACUUGGUAAGGUGUCUCUUUAGUUUCUGCAACUUUUCACUUGUUUACUUAUCUCAUUCACAAGACAUUUCCGCCCAUGCGCAAUUAGCCUGUUUACAGGUAGGGUAAAAAAAUUAAAAUAAAGUAAUUGCCUACACAAAAAAGCAAACUUUGGUAAGAAUUAGGUAUGUCGACACAGAAAAUAAGUGGACACAGUUGACAACUUUUUAGUUAUUAAAAUACAAAUUCUAGAAAAGGGGUGUCUUGCCCAACUUUGGGGCAAGAUGCCCGCUGGGGCAAGAGGCCCGCUGAAAAUUAAUUUGUUAAAAUCCAUUUAAUCAGUUUUAUUUAGUCAUUUUUGAGUAAUUCACUCUUGAAAGCUAGUUAUCAUAUUUUUAUUAGACAAAUCAAAUAUCAAAACAAAAUGGCAUUGCACAUCUCACUAUUAAUAACCUAUGAUGAGGUUAUGAUGUAGGCCUAACACUCUUUAAAAAUAUAUAUAUAUCUUAAAUCCCAGCAGAUGCUAGCUCAUGCUAACUAACUAGCUAACUCACAUUCCUACUCAAAAUCAACAUUUCUAUUGUAUGAUUUAUUUCUGCAGUUUAAAAUAUUGUAUGAUUUAUAACCUCCAGAUUCACCUGAAAUUGGCUUACAUUAAUGCUAGAAACAAAUUCCCAACCUAAAAGGGGUAAGAUGCCCCUGGGGUUUUCAGGGUUUUACAUAUAGAAUAUCAGAGGAGGCAUUUAGCUAUAGGGCCUAGGCUAUAUAUUUCAAAAUGCUAUUGGUAAGAUUUUUGCAACUGAUGUUACCAAUCACAUCAUGGUUUGUGUCCGAUUGUGAUUGGUCCCCGAGCCUAUAGGAGGCCAUUUUGAAAUACACUGCUCAAAAAAAUAAAGGGAACACUAAAAUAACACAUCCUAGAUCUGAAUGAAUGAAAUAAUCUUAUUACAUACUUUUUUUCUUUACAUAGUUGAAUGUGCUGACAACAAAAUCACACAAAAAUUAUCAAUGGAAAUCAAAUUUAUCAACACAUGGAGGUCUGGAUUUGGAGUCACCCUCAAAAUUAAAGUGGAAAACCACACUACAUGCUGAUCCAACUUUGAUGUAAUGUCCUUAAAACAAGUCAAAAUGAGGCUCAGUAGUGUGUGUGGCCUCCACGUGCCUGUAUGACCUCCCUACAACGCCUGGGCAUGCUCCUGAUGAGGUGGCGGAUGGUCUCCUGAGGGAUCUCCUCCCAGACCUGGACUAAAGUAUUGAUUCAUCAAUCUUACUCACAGUAGGCUCUUCCUGAUAAUUAUCUUUGUCAAAUUAAUUAUCUUUGUUAGUGUCAGCAUGAUAACACUAUCUAGGAAUUACAUCACAUAACCUUGAUUAAUCAAACAGAAUUCAUUUUUUACUAUGGCACAGGCAGUCUACCUGCCUGCCUGUGUGUGUGCAUGUGUGUAUGUUCAGUUAUGUGUAGACUAUAGUCUCCAUACUGCCGAUUUCUCUAGCCUCUUUUUUGUUCACUCCCUCUUGGUCUCAUCCCCCUCCUCUCUCUGUUUCUCUCUCUCUCUCUCUCUCUCUCUCUCUCUCUCUCUCUCUCUCUCUCUCUCUCUCUCUCUCUCUCUCUCUCUCUCUCUCUCUCUCUCUCUCACACACAUACUCACACACACAUACUCACACACACAGAGUAGACUCUCACUCUCUUCUCCCUCAAUAUUACCCCACAGACACAUCAAUCUUUCAAAACAUAUUGAAUUGUUAUUAUUUUCCCAAGAUUGAAAGAGGCAGUUUAUCUAGCCAUCGAAUUUGAAUGCAUGAGCAUAAGGCUGCAUACCUAUUGUAAAAUAUAGUGGUGGACCUUUGAUGUUAUGGAGCUAUUUUGCUCCCACAUGGAUAUCAAGGAUCUGGAAGGAUUCUGUAUGGAGGAAUGGUCUAAGAUCCCUCCCAUUUUAGAAAAAGGCUUAAUGCCGUUAUCCUCGCAAGUAAGGUAUUAAAAACAGGGAUGUGAGAAAAACAAUUAUUACUUGUUAAACAAAAUCUCUUUCUCUGAGCAAUUUUUUUAGCAUAACAGAAUAUAAUUUUCCCUUUUUUUGCAUACAGUAUACCUCAGUAUUUUAUACAGUCAUUUUUGCUCAUCUUUAUAAAUAAUUUCGGACCCCACUGUAUUCCGAGCGUACCCUGUCACACGUCCAAUCACAUUUACAUGACGGCAGGCCGGGCUCUUCAUAACUUUAAUUGCUUAGCAUUUCUGAGGGAAAGCGGGAAGGUCAUUCUUGGCGUUUGUCAGGAGGAGGCAGAAAUGCGUACCUUUGACUGGUCUUUAACACAAGCCUGGGGUUUGGUCCAUCUCAAUAUCUUGGGCCAAUUACUGGUGAGUUGACCUUUAGGUGAACACAUGGGAGAGCUGGGGGAGAACUGUGCGGAGUCCCAAAUGGCACCCUAUUUCCUUCACAGUGCACUACUUUUGACCAGGGCCUAUAGGGCUCUGGUCAAUAGUGAACAAAAUAGGGAAUAGGGUGCCAUUUGGGACGCAUCCUUGUUCUGUGGUAUGACUAUAAGGCACAGAAUGAUGAUGAUCUGUUUCUAUUGAAUGAUAUUGUCCGUUUUAUUAUUGGCAGAUAGGUAUUUAUUGACCAACAACAUUGAAGUCCUCAUUUGAUCUCAAUCAAAACAUACCUUAACUGAUUGAAAAAUUACUUAAUGAUGGUGUUAAAUCAGGUUUCCUGGAUAUUACGAAAGGUGUCCUGCAAGGGUCGAUUCUGAGUCCUAGUAAAUUUUUCUGUUUACAUUAACAAUAUCAACUUGUCUGCAAAACAUUUUAACAUGCACUUGUAUGACGAUGAUACUGUUGUGUAUACUAUUGGCCCCACGGUUGACCUUGCUCUAUCUGAACUACAGUCUGACUGUUGUAUUUCAGAAAAACUUUAUUGACCUGAAAUGAGUACUGAAUGCAGGUAAAACUAAGUAUAUGUUGUUCUCUUGCAGGUAAAACUAAGUAUAUGUUGUUCUUUAGAGCGCAUAAUAAUAUGUUUGAUGAUUUGAGCAUAUGUACUUUGGAUAUUGCAUAUUGAUGUGUUAGUUAAGAAGCUGAGAAUAAAAAUGGUCUUCUAUAGACAUAGGUUCUGCCUCUCGCUAAAUAAUAGAAAGCAGAUUAUUCAGUCGACGUUCCUAUUGGUCCUAGACUAUGGCGACAUCAUCUAUAUGAACGCAGCUGCCACUUCUUAAAGCCGUUAGAUGCAGUUUAUCAUAGCGCAUUGCACUUCAUUACAGACAACAAUUUUAAUACUCAUCACUGCAUUCCCUACCAGAAAGUUGGUUGGCCCUCUUUGAUGUCACGUAGGUUGAUACAUUGCUAUGUUUUCAUUUAUAAAGCCAUUUUACAAAAAGUCCCACUGUAACUAACAUCAUUACUAAACUUUAGACAUAUGAGUUACCACACACAGUCUCAGGGAUGGCUAACUCUGGAAAUUCCUUUGGUCUUUACUGAGUUAGGGAAAUCAGCUUUUUGUUUUCUUGCACCUUAUUUGUUGAACAAUCUUUAAAAAAAAAUCUGAAAUUGGAUGUUUUGGUGCCUCUAGGGCAAUUCAGAAAGCUGAUUGAGGACCUUAUUACUGAUGAAUGUGUUUGUUUUUUAUGACCGUGUUUUUCUUUCUGCUUGCAUUUCGUAUUGAUAGUUUGAUGUGUGUAUUUUCUGUAAAGUAGACCUUGGUCUCAGAAUGAGUCCCAUAUAAAAUAAAGGUGAAAUAAAAGAAGACUUUCUUACUGUGGAUGGGAUAUUUCAGUCUGAUCCUGAAAAUCCAUGACCCCUACUGCAGUAGCAUGCACCUUUUGAAUUAUAGAGAGUGCUACUAGUCCUCCAUUGAAACCCACAGUGUGAAUUCCAUGACUUCCACAGGGUGACAACUUGCCAUAAACAGAAAGCCUUUGACACAUGAUGCUAGUUCCUUUCAGGACUGUGUGUGCCGCUGUCCUUUGUCCUGAAAUGAGAGGUCAUUAUAAUGGAUGGCUGUGACUGUGAGAGUCUUGGUGCUGGUGGACUCCACAUGUGUCUGAGAACUGAGUAAAGGCCUGGAGAGACCAGAGAGACUGACCAAAGGCUGUCGAUGAUAACAAGAGGGGGAGGAAAGGAGGGCUCUCCCACUCUCUCAGAACCCACCCAGCAAGCCGGGAACAUUCCUAGAACAUUAGCUAAUAAAAAAAGAGACGGAGACGCAGAAUAUUGACUUAAUAUGAAAUCAUAUGAAAUAAUCUAAUCUUACGCAGAGGUAAUAUUGAAAAGGCAGUUGUGUUCUGUCCACAGCUCCACCAAUCUGUCUUCCAUCACCUCGGUCCACAUGGUGCGUGUUGUUGUUGCUUUCCACUUCGCCAUCAUUGUUUUGGUCUCACAUGCUGAGUCGUCAUUGGCUAUUGGCAGUAGUCCUUGCCCAAUCGCGUCAUAGCACUUCUCAUACUGCAAGUUGCAUGGCCAACAUUUCUGACGUCAGAAAAUUAUCGGGACAUCCAACAGGGGUCUGGAAAACGGAACAGCCAUCAUCGGUGUGUCCUUGACUCGCUCAGAUUAGGCGCGUCCCGACGUACUGAUCCUAUCCCAAAUUCAUAGGAUUUCACCCCGAUCAUGAAAAUGUGUCUGGGACUGCAAAAACGUGGCGAAUUUGUGGCCAAAUCGUGUAGUGUAUGUCCUGCAUUAGGGAUUUAUCUAACAUUAGGAUAACAUCCCAAAAACAUUCACUCUCUCUCUAGCUGUCUCUCUGUCUCUGUCUCUUUCUCUGUCUGUCUCUCUCUCUCUGCCUCUCUCUCUCUCUCUCUCUCUCUCUCCUUUAUUUUAAUCCACAAUAAAAACUUUCCAACAUAAUAAACCCUCCUAUACUCUUAAUUGCAUUCACAACCAUGUGUUUGGUUCAGUUAUUUGUUCUGUUCUCUGCUUGCGUAUGAUGAAAAUAAAAUGACUAACAUGUCAAAUGUGGAUGUAGAGGAGCGGCCGUUGACAGAAGAGCAAACCGAGUAGAACCUUUUAUCAAUGUUGAAGCAUGCUCAGCUCUAGUUGUUUACUUGGUGGUGUUACCCACUGGAGGAACUGGGUAUGCAUGCUUUUUCUCCAGUCCUGCAUUAACACACCUGACUGAAAUAUUAAACUAAUCAAGGACCUCACUCUGAGUCUGGACCAUGAUCAGCUGAAUCAGGUGUGUUAGGCUACUGCAGGGCUGGAGCAAAAAAAUCUGCACACCUAGUAGCUCUACAGGUGCAGUUGGUAACUCUAUGAACCACACAUCUAGGGUUGGUCACCCCAGGUGUGUACCGUAUGAACGACACCCCUAGGGUCCCUACCUUUAACAGUAGGACCCAUCCCUCCAGCCCUUACUCCUGGGUUUCAAAAAAAAUGAAUGAAACGCCAAUAAAAAUGUCUCACGUCUCCCAGAUAAUGAUUUACCCCAGCCGGUGUCGUAUAAUGGCAAGGCUGCAUGGUGAAUCAAGCUGUUCCCAUGGCAACAGGUAGCUACGUCAUCUGCCGGGCAACUGAAGGAGAGACAGGAAGCAGUGCACUGUGGGUGCUAUUAAUAGUCCCUUAUCGGUGUGUGCGCAGAGCGGAGCCGUGAUGUCACGGCCCUUGUCAGAUUAAUCCGGGCAAACACAUGUUGUUUGUUCUAGCAGUCAGUGUAAAUAUGUAGUAGUUUUGGCAUGGUCUGUGGCUGCAGCAGCUGAGAACACCACUGACUUACAUACUGUAUAGGCUACAGUAUCUCUGAUGGAGUGGAUGCACCUGAGAUCUAUGUUGUAGAUCUGGUUACAGAGAUGACUGAUGUUGUGGUUGAUGUUGUUUAGUCUGUCAGACAUGAUUGAUGUUGUUUACAAUGAUGAGGGCUCUAGUGCCCUAUUGGCUAGUGUGUGAUUGGUGCAGCAGCUCUGAGGUUGAGUGUUUUGAUUGGUCAGGUUCUCUAGAUGAGGGAUGUGGCUGAGGACACUCAGCUUCCACUUGAUUGACAGAUGUAGAGGAGUGUGGAGAGGAUAUGUUGUUUAAUGCCUAACUCAGACCCUAUACCACUGUACUUGAAUGAGGUAAACCAGUGAACUGAACUAAUCAUAAAAGCUGAAUUUACACUUAUCCAUAAACUUUGACUGUACUGUAUGAUCCGGGGUAAAGUUUCCCCUAGGUGCAGAUCUGGUAUCAGCUUCCCCUCCCCCAAUCCUAACCUUAACCAUUAGUGGGGUACUGAUCCGAGAUUAACGUCUAGGGGCAUUUUCACCCUACACUGUACAGUUUUACACUCCUCAUCUUCCCUCUGCCCCAUCCCACAUGAGUAGGUAUUGCGUCCAUGACGGUGCCAGUGUACAUAGCUGAGGCGUCUCCCCCCCACCUGAGAGGCCAGCUGGUGACAGUAAACACACUGUUCAUCACGGGAGGUCAGUUCACUGCCAGCAUCAUAGACGGGGCCUUCAGCUACCUACGCCACGAUGGAUGGAGGUGAGACACACACACACACACACACACACACACACAAUUGCUGUAUAUGCCUCUUCUUUUAAUAUCUCAAUGAUUUUACAUGGUACAUCAUUUACCACACUUACAUCAGGAUUGAAUUGAGAAUGCCUCAUAUAUUCCAAUUCAAUUCUUGAAUUUGAAUUGGAUUUUAAUUUAAGUAAGUAGUAAACAGGAUACAGAAUUGCAAUUCGAAUUUAAAUGAAAGUAAAUAGAAUUUAAUUAACUGAAAUUCAAAUGCUUCUAUUCUAAACUGAAUGUACAAAAUAUUAAGAUGCUGGCCCAUGUUGUCCUUUGGGUGGUGGACCAUUCUUGAUGCACACAGGAAAAUGUUGAGCAUGAAAAAUUCAGCAGCAAUGCAGUUCUUGACACACUCAAACCAGUGCCCUGGCACCUACUACCAUACCCCAUUCAAUGGCACUUAAGCCUUUUGUCUUGCCCAUUCACCCUCUGAAUGGCACACAUACACAAUCCAUGUCUCGAAUGUAUCAAGGCUUAAAAAUCCCCCUCAUCUACACUGAUUGAAGUGGAUUUAACAAGUGACAUCAAUAAGGGAUCAUAGCUUUCCCCUGGAUUCACCUGGUCAGUCUAUGUCAUGGAAAGAGCAUUGUUCAUAAUGUUUUGUACACUCAGUGUCUACAAAACACAAGAAAAUCACAUUUUUGACUGCACUGGGCCUUUUGACUGCACUGGGCCUUUCACUUCUUUAUAUUCUGGUCUGUCUACAGUAACAAGGUUUCAGUGGGAUAUAUCAGGUGUUGGGAUAACUGUCGAUUUCUGUAUUGGGAAUGCUUCCAAGUGGUCUCCUGAGUGGCGCAGUGGUCUAAGGCACUGCAUCGCAGUGCUAACUGUGCCACUAGAGAUCCUGGUUCGAAUCCAGGCUCUGUCGCAGCCGGCCGCGACCGGGAGACUCAUGGGCGGCGCACAAUUGGCCCAGCGUCGUCCAGGGUAGGGGAGGGAAUGGCCGGCAGGGAUGUAGCUCAGUUGAUAGAGCAUGGCGUUUGCAACGCCAGGGUUGUGGGUUCGAUUCCCACGGGGGGCCAGUAUAAAAAAAAUAUGUAUUCACUAACUGUAAGUUGCUCUGGAUAAGAGCGUCUGCUAAAAAAAAAUGACUAAUGACUACAGACAUUGAAAUGUAGCCAACUAGUUUCAGUAAGUUUUUUAAAAUUCAUCCAUCUGUCAUCUGUGAAUCAUAUCACAUCAGAUGGCAGGUCCAGUCUGGACUAGCAGUUCAGAUCAGAUCAGUAUAAAUGUCAGCAGCACAGAUGUGGAUCCUCAUCCUGCCUCCAGCUGAUGGAACAUUCACUCAGAGCAGAGCAGGGAUAUGUUCAAAAGAUGACAUCAGCUUAUUUUUUAUUGUAAAUCUAAAUGCUACGUUGUCGUCGAAUAAAAUGUGCUUCAGUUAGGUUCAAACACAGCCUCCCACUGUUUUUAGAUAUGAGUGGCACUGGCACCUUGUAAAAUGAGUAUUGAUUUGUCUUGCUAUAAGUCGUUAUUCAGAACAGCUUCCUUGAACUUGCCACAGCUAAUUGUCAAGUGCUGGAUUUAUUUGAACGUCUCUAAAAGCCGUAGCUGUCAGCGUGUGUGUCCUUGCAUUGUUAUUUUUUUUACUGAUUUGACAAGUUGCUUUUUGUGCCACCACUGAGUCCUUGAAAGUUUAGUUUUAAUUAUGUGCUCUGCUCUGUGGGAGACCUCUAUUUGACAGUCAACCCUGUGAAGCCUUUGAAAAAUGUUCAAUGACACAACAGAGUUGUUACGUUAGGCUAUUAUUCACAAUGUUGUUAGCCUGGUAAUGAUUUGAUGUGGGUCCUGAGAAAUUAAAUCAAAUCAAAUGUUAUUUGUCACAUGCUUCGAAAACAACAGAUGUGGACUAACAGUGAAUUGCUUACUUACGUGUCCCUAUGCAUUGUUGGAAAAGGACCCAUAUGUACCUCCCCCGACUUAAUAAUUAUCAUAAAAAACAAACGUCAUUACCAUCACAAUAAACUUAAAAGGGGGCAACAGUCAUAAUAUUAUUGGCUUAAGAGCCAAUGUGUAUUAUUUAACAUUUUAAAAUAGCCCUCACUUAUAGGAAUGGGUAAUUGUUUAAAAGUUGCUAGCUAUCCCAUUAAGCCAUCACUGAAAACACAUAUUUUCAUCUUCUGUGUUUUUUUGGUAACUACCUGUUCUUUGACGGACUCUGGCUAGACUGAAGACGACACAACGUUUGGAACAUUUUAAAGUCUGUCUCGCAACGGAGCCUUCAACUGCAAGGUUGGCAUUGCCAUUCUACUCCGUUGUGGACCUCCCCAUUGAAGUGCAUGACAUCAGGCGCAACGUAUGUAGGGGUAAUGUGAACGAGGCUUAAGUAGACUACAGACGUGUAUGCUGGAACAUUGCUACAUUGUGGGAGGCAACCCAUCAGUGGUCCCUGCUAUGCUCCAGCUCAUGGGGUUUCUCCUCUCACCCUCAGAUGAAACUGCUAAUUUAUCUCUAUGUCUCUCUCCUCUCUCUUCUCCUCUCUUUUUCCAUCCUUCACCUCCACCCGCUCUCCCCCCUCUCUCCCUAUCCUCUCCUCCCCCUCUCCAGGUAUACUUUAUGUUGGGUCUAUGGGUGGUUCCUGCUGUGCUGCAGUUCAUGGAGUUUCUCCUCUCAAAGAUGAAACAACUAAUAUAUUCAAUUCUCUCUCUCCCUCGCUACCCCCUUUCUCCCCCUUAUAUCCUCCCCCUCUACAGGUGGGCAUGCCAGUGGUCCCUACUGUGCUCAGGUUCAUGGGGUUCCUCCUUUUGCCAGAGAGUCACUCUCACAGAGGAAGCAACUAAUAUAUCGCUCUCUCCCUCUCUCCAUCUCCCCCCCCCCCCCUCUCUCCCCCUCUUCUCCUCUUCUCCAGGUAUAUGUUGGGUCUGUCGGUGGUCCCUGCGGUGCUCCAGUUCGUAGGGUUUCUGUUCUUGCCAGAGAGCCCCCGCUGGCUUAUCCAGAAAGGCCUUACCCAGAAGGCCCGGCGCGUGCUCAGCCAGAUUAGAGGCAAUCAGAACAUUGACGAGGAGUACGACAGCAUCAAGAACAGCAUCGAGGAGGAGGAGAAAGACUGCGGAGGAGGUGAGAGGGGAGCAGGAGGCGCAGGAGAAGCACACACACAUAUACAC